GGAAAGGUUACUGUGCAGUCAAUAAAGGAGGGCCUGAAGAAGGUUAAAUCAAAAGGAAUGGCGAGUCUACAUGAGUUGAUGGAAACUGCAAAUGGUAUUAAAGACAGAGUCACUGACCACAUGGAAAUUUCGGAACUUAAAUCAAAAUUCAAGCUGAAUCCUCUAACAAAAGUACCUCUCUCCCCCAGCAAGAGGUAUAAAGAUUUUCCAGAAUCUCUUCAAUGCCAAUCACAACACAAAGAGAAGAAGUUGAGCCCUUCACAAGUGGAAGCCUUCCAACAUGCCUACAACUUCUUCAACAAGGAUAAAACUGGCUGUAUUGAUUUACAUGGAAUGAUGUGUACUUUAGCUAAGUUGGGAAUGAAUCUAACCAAGCAUGAAGUCUACAAUGAAUUAAAAUGUGCUGAUAUUGAUGGAGAUGGGAAGGUGAACUUCUCAGACUUCAUAAAGGUGCUAACAGAUAAGAACCGCUUCCUCAAAGCUGUAGUUCCAGAAAAGGGAAUCUGCUCAGAUUUUGCUGGCAACCCAGGGAUCCUAUUGUUUGAAAUCCUAUCAAAGCUUGUAGAGACUUCAGCCCUACCGCGAAAGGCUAUAAUGGAAAUAGUAAGCUAUUUUCGAAGAAAAUUCCAGGACACUGGCACAGGAAUAUAUUGGAAUCCCUAUAGUAUGGGUUAUGGAAAAAGGAGACUCAGGCCAGAUAUAUGCACACCUCCAAGCUCAAGCACAGCUGCCUUUGCUAAUGCUGCCCGCAUGACAAUAAUGAAAGAGAAGGAUUUGUUUAAAUUUCUUGAAGAGCUCAAGAGAUGCAACUCCCCUUCAGAUAGCCCAUAUUCAAAAAUACCCAUCUUUCCCUUGUUUCCUAACGUGGACGGGGUGGUGAUGGGAAAGCCAUUCAAAGACAUGCAGAAAUUAGAAAUGCUAAGGAGAAAGGAGCCUCUGAAUUUCUUUGAGGACUAUUUUUUUCAUAAAAGAGACUGGAAAGCACAGGCAGCAAACAUAAAGCCCAUCGACCCUGCCUCCGGCUAUGCGAGUGACAUGCUCGCCAUUGAUCAGAUGUUCAAGAGAAAGCAGACAUGGACGGUGGCUGACGCAGCUGCCAUUAAGCAGCACGUGAAGAGAGCUACUGAUAACUAUAAUUUAGGAAUUGCCCUUGAGCAUCGAAAAGAAAUGCUAAACCUCUGGCGGAAGAUCCGAGGGGAUUUGAUUGGGAUAGAGACUAAUAACGAGUCCUUUUAUGACACCUUCUCUACUUACACAUGGUCCUGGAAUGUCUGCCAAGAAUUGCUUUCUCCUAAGGACUUACGGUUACAUGAUGCCUACAUGAACAGAAGCUCCUUCCACCACUCCGGCUUCUCUUCCUCACCGGAUAUCAGUGAGCGCGACACAGAGACAGGAAGAAAAAGGAAAAGGAAAAGUUUCAAAGGAUUUCGACAAUGA